UCGUGUCCCCCCGGACAUAUACAGAUGUAGCACCGGUUCUGUGAGUUUUGUAUCGUUGCUCAGAUCAGAACAGAUCAUAUCAUAUAAACAGCGAUAUCAAUACACUUGACGUUUCAUUUGAGUGACAACAGAAGGUACAGUUCACCCCAUCAGAAUGGCAGAAAACAUGAUCAUCCGUGUACAGUCUCCUGAUGGAAUGAAAAAAAUCCCCUCAACGAAGCGGGAGACGGCUGCUGCUUUUCUCAAAAAGGUUGCCAAAGAGUUUGGCUUCAGUUCAAAUGGUUUCUCUAUCUACCUGAACCGGGACAAGACUGGAGAGAUCUUGUCACAGAGCAAGUCCCUUAGCUUCCUGAAAAUCAAGCAUGGCGACAUGCUUUUUCUCUACCCCUCCUCUGCUGGAACAUCCAGCGAGAAUAUGGACACAGCUCAGCCUCACACGUCCUCUUCCUUCCCCUCUUUUCCUUCAUCUUCAUCAUCUUCAACCUCAUUAUCCCGCUCACACUCUGCACCACAGCUCCCAGAGGAUGAGAUUGACCAGUAUCUUUCCAAACAGGAGGGAAAGAUCUACAGAAACAAAGAUCCCCAGCUGUGCCGGCACGGUCCUAUGGGGAAAUGUGUGCACUGCGUACCUUUAGAGCCUUUUGAUGAAGACUAUCUGAACCACCUUGACCCACCGGUCAAACAUAUGUCCUUUCACGCCUACAUCCGUAAGCUCACCGGUGGAGCAGACAAGGGAAAGUUUGUGGCGCUUGAGAACAUCAGCUGUAAAAUUAAGUCUGGUUGUGAGGGACAUCCGCCCUGGCCGGAGGGCAUCUGUACUAAAUGCCAACCCAGCGCUAUCACCCUCAACAGACAGAAAUAUCGACACGUUGACAACAUUAUGUUUGAGAACCACACCAUUGCUGACCGUUUCCUUGACUUUUGGAGAAAGACCGGUAACCAGCGGAUGGGGUACCUGUACGGACGCUACACUGAGCACAAAGACAUCCCGCUUGGCAUCCGUGCAGAGGUGGCUGCCAUUUAUGAACCUCCUCAGAUUGCAACCCAAAACAGUUUAGAGCUGAUUGAAGAUCCCAAAGCAGAGGCUGUUGAGGAGAUCGCCGCCAAGCUCGGCCUACGAAAGGUGGGGUGGAUUUUCACAGAUCUGCUGUCAGAGGACACCAGAAUAGGCACCGUCCGUUACACCAGACAUAAGGACACGUACUACUUGAGCGCAGAGGAGUGCAUCACAGCUGGACACUUUCAGAACCAACAUGCCAACCCGUGUCGGCUUUCCCCAGACAGUCAUUUUGGAUCCAAGUUUGUCACGGUGGUAGCAACAGGUGGUCCCGAUAACCAGGUACACUUUGAGGGGUAUCAAGUGUCCAAUCAGUGCAUGGCACUGGUAAGGGAUGAGUGUCUACUACCCUGCAAAGACACUCCUGAACUGGGUUAUGCCAAAGAGUCCACCACAGAGCAGUAUGUCCCUGAUGUCUUCUAUAAGGAUAAAGACAAAUUCGGCAAUGACAUCACGUAUUUAGCCCGGCCACUACCGGUGGAGUACUUGAUCAUUGAUAUCACUACAACUUUCCCAAAAGACCCAGUGUUCACCUUCUCAUCCACGCUUCGCUUCCCUAUCGAAAACAGAGAUGCUCUGGGGGAGACUCAGGACUUCCACAGUUUAGCGUCGUAUCUUUCCCAGAGUUCUUCCUCCUCCUCCUUCCUGGACAUUGUCUCAGACUUCCACCUGCUUCUUUUUCUUGUCACCAAUGAGGUCAUGCCCUUACAGGACAGCAUCGGGCUUCUGCUGGAUGCAGUGAAGACGUCCAAUGAAGAACUUGCUCAGACCUGGAAGAAAUCAGAACAGUGGGCCACCAUUGAGCAGCUUUGCAGCACAGUGGGAGUGCAGCCAUCUGGAUCUCUGGAUUAUGCCAUGGGUGGCCAAGCUGUCCCACAAUCCUCUUCAUCUGUGUGGUCUUGCCUCCACUGCACCUUCAUGAACCAGCCUGGCACUGAGCACUGCGAGAUGUGUAGUUUGCCCCGCAGCUAAAAACCCACGAAAUCAGGCUGCGCCGUACGUCCCACAGGGAACAGCAGUGAGAGCGGGUGUGCUUCCCUGUAUUCCUGCCGUUUUAGUAUGCCUAAUCCGUAACCCCUCCCCUUCCUCACUGACUGUGUCGGAUGUAAACGCCGAUCCCAGCCUUAUGCGCCCAAUCCAACGCUGUGAGCUGCAUCACUUUGAUGAUUGAUGGUGGAUGACGAUGGGUUGUACCCAUGUAGCGCUCUCUGUUUAAGCCCAGGGCAUUCUGAGACUAUUAUUUAGCACUUGGGCAAAGCUCCUUCCGCUCUGUUCAUCUCUCUAUUGCGGUCCAAUUUACCUUCUCAGCACCACUCUUAGGACAUUGGAGAAACAUUAUCAAUGUUUUUGAUGUUAAACUUUUCCCCAACUCACUAAAGAUGUUGUGUAUAUAAUAAACAGAGAAGAAUGCUACUGUUAUUUAAUUUCAAAUGGUUUUUUAUCUUAGUUAUGUAUUGGGAAAAUAACUUGAAUCCCAUUUUGAUGAACUUACAGUGGGUUCACUUCACCAAGUGUUGCGAGUUGAAAAUGCUUUUCUCGCCAAUGCUCAUGAUUUAUUUUCUUGCAUUCGGUUUUCUUAAUUCUUCACAUUUGAUAGAUUGGUUUCUUGGAGUGUACGUGCUUGGACAUGAGAUUGAAAUCUGAAUGUUGGGUUUGGGCGCGAACCUCGGAGAGCAGCAGUUCCUAAGAUUGUAAUUUGACCUUUGACUUUAAAGGGCUUAUGAAGCUAUGAUUUGAAUGCAGGUUGGUUUAAGUUUGCUUUGGAAAUAUCUCCGCCUUUUCAUUGGGAUUUUUACCUUCAUCUCACUAUAUUUUCCAACGUUCAGCCACUGAGGAGUCUGUAUCAUGGCUUUUCAAAUGAACAUGUUAACCCCUCUCCUCACCUAACAGGAGACUGAAAAGUUGAAAAACAUUGAUUGAUUGAUUGAUUGAAAGGGAAUGGAUAAGCUGGAAAUAUAAAACCCAAGUCUUUGAUUUCUUUGCUCUGGGUUUUAUUUUCUUUUGAGUCCACAUCUGCAUUACUUUCUGGAGUAUUCUGAAAGAUUUGAGCUUUCUUUUGUAAAAAAAAAUUGAAUUGGAUGAAGUUCAAUAGAUGAGUUUCGUUGGAUGAGCACAGUUAAUAUUUAAGAAAAGACUUUUCCUCUGUCUUUUUGGGAAUUAUCCGAAAGACGUUUUAUCUUCAUUGUGCAUUUUGGCUCGACUUAAACUCAUUUUUGUGUCUGGCACUUUCUAAAAAUAUGCAAUCUAUUAGUUGACAUUACUGUACAUUGAUCAAUGUUCACAGGACAUUCUCUUGAAAUUGUGUUUUUGCUCUGAACAUUUGAGAUGUCUAGCUGCUUGGUUUGAGCUCUUUCUUCGAGCGGCAGAUAGCUGUGCUUACACCGCAUCUUCGCACGAGACGCCCUGAGUUGUGUGCUGUCAACAGGUUUUGGAGUUUUAAAUACAGAGAGUAGUUCAACAAUAAAACCAAAUCCUUUGGAAA